AUGGGUGAUGAGAUUUCCGCAGACGAGAGGGCAGAAAUCGGUGCAAGUCUUGUGCUUUUAGCCCCACCCAGACAAACUAAUGAAGUGGUCAAGGAUGUCAAAGUUCUUGCCGGCCAAAAUUCUCUCAUUGAGGGGAAAAUUCUCAGGAGUCUACUGCAGUACGCUAUGGAGCAAACUAUACAGGUCACCUUGCCUGGAAGUUCAGUAAAUACCCUCGUUACUGAACAUGGGCACCUGGGUGACGGGAAAUUCCUUUGUCCGAGGUCACAUAAAUCUUUCAGACUUGAUCUCUUUACACAUUCUGUGGCUGAUGUCUCCUCUCUUAGGCCUGAUGAUUGCGGAGGUGGUAGCAUUAAACUAGAACCUUGGAGAGCUGCGAUUGAGGGUGCUCUCACAGGCUACAUGAGUCAAAAUUUUCCCAAUGGUGCUGUCUCCGUGUUUGCCCCAGCGGAUUCCAAAAAUCCUUCAAUUGUGAUCUAUGUCGAAUCUAGUUUUCAGCAGAGUUUUCGAAGUGGUCGCUGGAGGUCGCAAUGGACAUUGACCAUACCUGACGAAAUCGAGGGUGCAGUCUGCCAGGGUUCUGGCGAAAUCAGAAUCCAGACGCAUAUUUUUGAAGAGGGGAACGUUCAGCUUCUCUCCUCCAAGUCAUUCAAGUUUGAAGUUGUAGCAAAAUCACCGGAAAUUCUUGGACGGGAAGUUUGCAAGAAAAUAACCGAAUGUGAUUCGGAUUAUCAGGCGAUCGGAAGCAAUCUGACCGAAAUGUCUAGUAAAUGGUUCAAAGCGCUGCGUCGUCAGUUGCCAAUGGCUAAGUCCAAGAUUGACUGGGAUAAAAUUGCCUCCUAUCAGGUGGGCAAUGAAUUGGCGCAUUCCACCUCCGUCGUCACACCCACUUCUCCCUCUUGA